CCCAGCGUGGGCGUGAUGGAGGUGAACGCCAGUGCCGGGGCCAUGCUGGGCACCGGACAGCCAGUCAGCGAGGACGGGGCUGUGGGGCUGGACACCUUUCCCCGACUGGACCCCCCGCCCCCCGUCACCAAGAAGCGGACACCGCGCGCCCUGAAGACCCCGCAGGACAUGCUCAUCGCGCCGCAGCCAGCAGGGACCAGCCCCAGGAGCAGCACGGAGGAGCCCCUCGAACUGCCCACUGCCCACCCAGACCCUGCAGAGGAGUGGCCGGGGACGAGGGACCCAUCCCCUCCACAAUGCCCUGGGGUCCCCAGCAUGACGGGCACCCCAGAGCCGAGUGGGGACCAGUCCACCGGCACCCUCCCUGUGCCCGACCUCAUCCAUAAGGGCAGCCUGGAGAGCCAGUGGCGAGUGGGUGAGAAGGCCACUGAGACCUCACCCCACACAGAGAAGCCUGCCCGGAGACCAGGGCUGGAGCGUGAGCUACCAGGGAGCACGGGGCGGCCGGAGCCGUGCACCCCCGGCCGGGAGGUGGAGGGGCCCCAUCCUGACCUGCUGUCCUUUGAGUAG